AUGAAAAAUAUAUCUAUAUUAAUAACUAUAUUAUUAUUAUUUUUAACAAGUUUAAUAAUAAAUUUAUCAAAUUCAUAUAAAUUAGAAAGAUAUAUUGAAGAAAAAGAUUGGGAAAUAAUUGAAAAUGAAAAAGAAAAUGUAUUUAAACCUGUAAUUGUUGAAAGAAGAGAAUUAUUAUUCUUUAGAUUCCAAAGAAGUGGAAAUACUGAAAAUUCAUCAUCAACUGAAUCUGUAUCAGUAAAAUUUGAAAUCCAUUCAAAAGAUAUUCAAGAAACUUUUUAUUUAUUUGGAUUAAAUAAUGAAACUUCUAUUAGAAAUAUUAAAGAUGUAGAAUUAAAAGAUAGAAAAGAAGAAACCACUCCAAUUAGAAAAGAAGCUUGUUUCGACCCUAUUAAACCAUUAUACUUUUCAUUAUCAAUGUUUAAUUAUUUAUGGGGUGGUGAUUUAUUAUUCACAAUUCAAGAAAAUAAUUCAAGUUAUUGUAUAAAUUCAAUGCCUAAAACGAAAAAUGAAACUAUUACUCUUAUUUCAACUGAAAUUCCCACCCCUACUCCUACUCCUACCUCUACCCCUACUCCUACCUCUACCCCUACUCCAACCCCUACCUCUACCCCUACUCCAACCCCUACUCCUUCAAAAUUAUCAAAUGAUACUGUAACUUCUAAUAAUGUUACCUCUUCACCAUUAAUUACUCCAACGAGUGUGAGUGUUACUCCUUCACCACCAAAGGUUGAAAAUGUACCUGUUAUUGUAUCAAAUAAACAAAAAAUUGAAUCUGAUUAUACUGAAUCUGAAGUACCAAUUGAUACUACUAAGAAAUCUCUUGUGGAAACUAGUCCAGCUGUAGAAAAUAAACAAAUAGAAUCAAAUAGUAAUAAUAAAUAA